UGCGUGUGUGAGUGUUAGCAGACGAUUACAAAUGAAAACAACAAUCUGCUGGGUAGGCGUAAAUUAAGUGAAAAUUGUCGCGUAUGUAGCCUACAAACUGCGCCAUAAUGUAUCGCAAAGUGCUGUACAGCAUAAGCCUGGUGAUAAUAUUCCACAUCGCAUCCACACAGAGCCAAUCGUACGAAGAUAAGCGGUGCAAAUGUAUCUGCCCGAGCUUUAAAACGGUGGACAACACCACCCAGGAAGGUACGGAACGGAUGCUGAUCAUCGAUAAUGUGCCACCGAACAAGUGCAACUGCGACGGUGUCAUCCUGCCCCGGUUAGCGGGCAAGAUCAAGGGAAAGGGGCAGGAGAUCUGUCCGCGGUGCGACUGCAAGUACGAGAAUCGCAACACGACCAUCAUAAAGGUCGUUGUCAUCAUUGUGAUAUGGAUCAUUUCCCUGCUGGUUAUCUACAUGCUGUUCCUGAUGUGUUUGGAUCCACUGCUGAACAAGCGCGUGAAAGCCAACUACCAGGAGCACACGAACGAAGAUGACGACACCGCCGUCACUGUGGGCAAUGGGCAGGAUAUGCAUGUGCGCGAGAACAACGUGCUGAACCGGGUUGGCCAUCAGCAGGACAAGUGGAAGCGCCAGGUACGUGAACAGCGGCGUAACAUCUACGACCGGCACACGAUGCUCAACUGAGGCAACAGUCCCGGGCCGAAGGAGACUGACUGGCUGAGACCAAACGAACGCAUCAUCACACGAAUGUGCAAUGUAUUUCCCGAUGAUCUGGUGGUAGAGAGUUGGCUAUCGGGGCAAAUUCCAGUACCAAAAGUUGCGCUCGAUAAGCGAAUGAUGAUAGCCACACUUUUGUUUUGGUAAUUUAUUGUUAGGAGAAAGAAUGCUCCGAUUUGUAACACAUUGGCAUCGGAUCGGUUGAAGAAUAAAUGCUAGAGUUUGUAGAUUGUAAUACUGAUCUCGCCCUACAUUCACCGCCAACUCUGCAGCCGAAAAGUUUUAAACCUAAAAUCUGCCCAACUUUCGAAAGCGCCUAUAGAUAAAUCGAUGAUUUGAAAGGAUUCAACUUCUUUUCAUACUCUUUAUCGGUACCGUUUUUUUCCAUUUAUCAUUUGUAUGAAACUUUUAAUCUGAAAAAUAUGGGAUAUCCAGAUAGUUAAUAUUCGGAAUCCUCUAAGCAAUACUAUGCCUUUGAGUGAUGAGCAAAAAAGGGUAAAAAAUGAAACAAAAAGAAUUUCCACUGUGCCUCCUGUGAGAAUCGAACUCACGACCGCUGGUUUACAAGACCAGCGCUCUGCCUACUGAGCUAAAGAGGCGCGUGUUGGAAAGAGCUAUACUUUCAAACAUAAAUUCUCGUGUUAUUUCGCUUGACUCGUACUAGGGAUGUUGAAUGACUCAUAGCGGAACUGGAAAAGAGAGAGGUCCGAUCGGUUGGUUUCUCCAUUAUAGCUUUUCUUUCGACGAGCAGAAUUUCAUCAUUGAAGUAUACCGAGUUUUGCGACGCGAACUAUACAAGAAAUUACAAAGCAUUGAUAUCAGAAAGCAUCAGUUUGAUAAAAAUUCCACCAGUACCGUGUUUUACAGAACAUAAUGUGUUGUAUGAUAAAUUUCGUGAGAAAAAAUCAUAAACCUGGAGUAUUUUCUGAAGGUCCGGUAAGUUGAACUCAUGAAAUUGUGAUUAAUUCAGGCGUAAUAAGACACACACACUUUAAACUGUAAACAAACUGCUUGAA